UGAGACAUCAUUUUAAGACAAUAGAUCGACUUUUUAAUCUCGCAUAAACAUCCACCUUUUUUAACAUCCAUGUGCUUCUCUUUUUAUACUCUCAUUCAUUGCUUUGAGUCUUCAUCAUAGUGCUUUAUGAGGUGUUUCUUUAGUGUUGGAAACAUAGAGAGGAAUUAUCUGAAGGUGCGAACUUCAUUUAAUAAUGGGAAUUCUGCAUUUUUUUCUUGUUCCCUUUACUUUGUUAAUGUGAUAUUGCGGUGAGUGCUGGUGAAAAUUUGAGAAAGAAUAAUGGGAAGGACACCAUGUUGUGACAAGAAGGGUUUGAAGAAAGGACCAUGGACAGCUGAAGAGGAUGAAGUUCUUACUAAUUAUAUCAAGAAGAAUGGUGGUCAUGGAAGCUGGCGUUCUCUCCCCAAGAUGACAGGUCUUCUUCGUUGUGGUAAGAGUUGCCGGCUUCGGUGGACAAACUAUCUGAGACCUGACAUUAAACGUGGUCCAUUUACUCCUGAGGAAGAAAAACUAGUCAUUCAGCUUCAUGGCAUCCUAGGAAAUAGGUGGGCUGCAAUUGCCUCUCAGCUACCAGGAAGAACUGACAAUGAAAUAAAAAACUUUUGGAACACCCACUUGAAGAAACGUCUCAAAGCCCUGGGUCUUGACCCAAAAACCCACCAGCCCAACCAUGCACCUUCUGCAUCAUCUUCCAUUUCCACACGCCACAUGGCUCAAUGGGAAGGUGCAAGGCUUGAAGCAGAGGCAAGGCUUUCAAGCCUCAACACCACCAAAACAACUCACCACUGUGACCACUUCCUCCGCAUGUGGAACUCUGAAAUUGGAGAUUCAUUUCGCAACUUUCACAAGCCAGAUCAUAAUCAAAACAAGAACAUUAACAGCUUCUGCUUGAGUCCUCUUUCUGCAGGAUCAUCUUCCAACAAAUGUGACUCAGUUUCUGCUGUUACUACUAAUGCUGCUGACCCAUUUGGAUCCUCAAACAAUGCUGUGAAACAAGAGUUGUUGUGUGCUGAAGAAGAUGUGGUUCAGCAUCAUGGGUCUGAUUCAUCAUGCUCUAAUGACUUGGAGGACUCAUCAGACACUGCUUUGCAGCUCUUACUAGAUUUUCCUAUCUACAAUGACAUGAGCUUCUUAGAAGGAAACUCUUUUGUUUGUCCCCUCUAGCAGGGAUUGAAACUGCGGUCGCAGUCGUGGUUGCUGCUACAUCGUGGAAUUGUAGACAAAUGUUGGUUAAUGCGACAUCAAUUGCAGUCCUAAUGCCAAUGCGGUGACUCUAAAAUCCGUUUACGCUACCUGCAUUUGGGAUUGCAGACUACAAUUUGAAACCGUGCCCUUUAGUGUGUCUGCUUAAAGUUGUGUGUUUUUAGCUUUUGGUUUGAUGUUUUUGUAGUGUUGAAGAAUUGUUAGAAUUAGUGAAUGUUUUUUAUAUACUUGGAAAAUCACGGUGAGCUAAAAUGAUGGUGGACAGAAGCAACUAUCCUUAGUAGUUUUUACUUCUUUCCACCGUGAUUUUACCUUCUCUAAAAUAUUCUACUGCGUAUCCGAACAUUUUCUUAUAUGAGUUUGUGAAUGGUUGAACAUAGUGGUUAUUUAUUAGUUGUGAGAUUGAGGAUUUUGUUCUUGUUAACUUCAGUUUUAUUACAAAUAGUAAAU